CUCCCCCCCCCCCCCUCCCUGCCGCGUUCUGUGCCCUCCCCGCUUGUGCACGAUCGCCCCGGCCUUUCCUGGCGGAUUUCCCUCCCUGCCCAGCUCGACGCCGACUCCCUGGCGGCCUGGUCCCGGCCAACAAAAUGCCCCGGGCGCGACUCUUUCCCCCGGGGCCCGGCCUGCCCGGGGCCCAUGCCGGCCAUGGUGGGCCCUCGGCCAGGCGCUUGCGCAUCCGGACGUCCAUUUGGCUGCGCAACAAUCGCCGGUUGCUCCGGCUGACCAUCGGUGUGAUGGCCAUCUUGGCCUUUGUGGCGGCACUUCGACUCCGAGGGGCCGGUCGGUCGCCAUUGGGCAGGCCGAUGCCCAGCCCGCCGGGCAUGGCACCAGCCCCGAGGGUCUCGGCACCGGAGGCCCCGCCGCCGGGCCGGGCGCCGGUCGAGCCCGUGUCCUCGGCCGGAACCCGACACCUGACUUACAUCCUGCACUCGCUGUCAACGCAGUGCUCGGCCGCCGUGGCCCGAUGUUCGGACGCCCUGGGGGUCCUGCUUUUCUCGGACCCCAGCCAGCCGAUCCUGGUCCCGGCGCCGGCUCCGGACUUCCUGCAGAACCAGGUCCCCGGCUGGGCGGCCGCCGCACACUACACGGACAUUGCCCUGAGGCGCCUGGCCGAAUGGCCGGACCUGGGGGCCCUGGCGGCCGGUGUGGCCGGCGGCAGUGGGCUCCGGCCGGCCGAAGUCCGCGUGUGGACAUCCUGGCAACAGGAGUUCCGCCCUCAGACUCAUGUCCUGCUGGACUUGGCACCGGUGGCGGCAGCCGGCGGCGGCGGCGGCGCCGCCGCCGCGGCCCGGCCCGAUUGGCGACUUCGCAUGGAGCUGUCCGAUGACAUGCUCCAUGGGCCACAGGUGAUCGAGGUGUCCGAAGAGUGGACCGAGGCCACCCCCGGGUCGGGCCCACUCGGGCCGGCCCCGUCGCGCGUGGAAACCCUCUGGCAGCGCAGCUCGGUCGGCGGGCCGGCCUUCCGGUCGCGGCCGGUGGGCUUCCGCCUGGUGCUGGCCCCGUCUCCGGUGCGCCCGGGUGCCGGGCUCGCCGCCGGGCUGCCGCUGGCUGCGGAACUGGCCCACUCGCUGGGGCGCCUGCUGGCCGCGGUGCCGAGCUCCCCCGAGUGCGGGCCGGUCCUCUGCCCGCGGCCGGUCUUGAGCAUGGCCGACCUGCACGAAUGCUUCCAGGCCGACAAUGAGGCGGCCGUCUUCCACGCUGCCAAUUGCCUGGCCAUCAUCAUCGACAGCUCGAUCCUCCACCAGCUGCCGGGCGAUCUGUUCGACCGAGCGGCCGACUGGACUCGCCAUGGCCGGCGCUUCUACCUGCCGGUCGGCCGUUCCAUGGCUCUCAGCCGGGCCGAGCAGGCCGGGCGACGGAGGCAGGAAGCCGAGCAGCCGACCUCCCCGGUCCUCUGCCCCCCGGGCGACAUUGCCCCCUGCCCACAUACACUCCUGCUGCGAACGCGCGAGCGUCUGACCCUCCCGCUGUUGGCCGUGUGCGCAUUUGCCCGUGAGCAUGCCCAUGUGUCGCGCCUGCGGGCCGUUACUGACCGACCUUUGCCGUGCCGGUGCUUCGCCACUUCCGGGCGUCCCACCUGGGGCCAGGUCUUUCCUCGAUCUAAACCGCCUCCACCGCCAGCCAGAUCCCCUGGCCCACCGGGUCCCCGGAGGCAACCCCCUGGAAGACUGGCCCGUGGUGGAGUACCUGGCCCAGUCCCUGCUGGAGAUCGGCCUGCGCACUGUUCGCCCGGUGGAGCGGCUGCUCCUCCUGGCGGACCAGCCGCUCACCGUGCUGGCGGCCACCGACCCGGCGGCCGGCCGGCAGUCGGCCCCCUACCCCCCGGACGGCCGGUGGCAUCGCGGCGUCCGGGUCGGCCGGGACAUGGGCCCGCGUUCGGCCGACAUACCGCGACACUCGCCCUGUCGCCCGGAGCUCCAGCGCCUGGGCUUCCGACUGGAGAGCUCCUUCAGCACCGGCGACAUCGGCGCCUAUGCUGACCCAUCGUCGGUGCUGGCUCGCGCCCGCGAGUGCUACUUCCGUCUGCCCAGGCGCCCGGUCGCCGGGGACUUCAUCCGCAUCCUGGCCCCCGGUGAUGGGCCGGAUGGUGGGCCCGGGCCCAAUGCCGCCUGGCUCUUUGGCUCGGGGGUGGAGAUUGCCUCCGGGGGGCACCUCUUCCCCCUGAAUAGGUACUGAAAUGAGUGGCACUUCCGGCCAAUCAGCCUGCCCGCCUGCCCGCCUGCCCGCCUGC